AUGACCAGGAACCAGAUGAGCCUCUACGCGUCAGUGACGGGCAUUCGAUGGGACUUUAGUAGCUCGCAAAUUGCUGGCGAUAUCCACGUACCAGCUAAACAACGGAUCGCUCGGUUCGAGAUCGACCCAGCAACAGACCAUUUCACUGCUGCCAAUGCGCUGUGGGGCAGGAUCGACGAAGCUUUUGAUGACAUCGACGAUGACCUGUAG